CCUCCUCCACCGUCGCUCGGCUCCGCUCCCUGCAAACUGUGACCAUGACGGCGCGCGGCACGUCGAGCCGCUUCCUGACCAGCGUCCUCCACAACGGGCUGGGUCGCUACGUGCAGCAGCUGCAGCGUCUCAGCUUCACCCUCAGCCGCGACUCGCCCUCGUCCCGCGGCGCCAGGGAGUUCGUGGAACGCGAAGUGACCGACUUCGCCCGACGGAACCCGGGAGUCGUAAUAUAUGUGAACGCGCGGCCCUGUAACGUGCCCAGAGUAGUGGCCGAAUACCUGAACGGAGCUGUGCGCGAGGAGAGCAUCCACUGCAGGUCCGCGGAGGAGAUCACGACGCUGGUGCAGAAGCUGGCAGACCAGUCGGGGUUGGAAGUGAUCCGCAUCCGCAAGCCCUUCCACACCGAUAGCCCUAGCAUCCAGGGCCAGUGGCACCCCUUCACCAACAAGCCGACGACGCCGGGCGGGCUGCGCCCCCGAGAGGCCCGGGAUGCUGCCCCGGUUCAGUUGCAGUGAGAGUUGCCCCAUCAGCUGCAACCCCGCGCUUUUGAACUGUUUCCCAGGAUAGGCGGCUUUUCCUCUGGGAUUCUGAGCCCAGGCAGACAAAUGAAGCCGCCAGUGCGCAAAUGGACACAUUUGUGGAUUCACAAAGCGUUUGCUUGUUUCUGGUGUCCGUGGGGCAGUGGCCUUUUUGAGCCCCUAAUUCUUACCCAGUUGGCAUUCCUGAGGUAUCAGAUGAGAGGGCCUUCAGGGGUUCUACAGGGCCCUUGUUUUCUGAAAUCCAAAUUAAUAACAGUGAACUGAAAACACAGCGAGGGGCCCAGAGGCUGCCGUCUGAAGCCUGUCUCUCCUGCUGCUCCAUCCGCUGAGCCAAGGGCUGCUGUCUGCUACCGUUGCAGCCAUCUGGGCUAGGCGCUUCAUAUGCUCUCUGAAUGUUUGUACAGAUUUUAGUGAGAUUAAUAAAGAGACCCAUGGUCGUACUUGAUCUGCCUUGAAAA